ACGGCGUGCCGGCCAACCGGAGACGGCGGUGUAAAAUAACGCAUUUGGGACGACAGUGGGAAGUUGAAAGCGAUGAGUUCUUACGCGUUCGGCGGGAGAUGUUUACAAACUCCACGUUAAAUGUUCGUGUUUUGUAAGAACAAAUAUAUUUUACCGGAAUCUUUUUUAAAUUAGUCGAAAAAUGUAUAUAUCGACGGUAAGCAUGCAAUCGUCGGAACUGUGUAUGACGUUAAUUAUAGCGGUAAAUCUGUUAUCGACGUCCGUGCUUGGCGGCGAAGAGGCCAAGAGCAAGAGAUUUUCGUCUUUAAAGAACGAUAAAGAAAAUAUUAUGAAUUUUUACCGUGUUAACGACAACACCAUCAUUCGAACUCAGGACUCGAGAGCCUUAGGUGCGAAGUAUUUGAACGAAACCGAAUUACCCACCAACGAAGAUUGUUUAUAUUGGUGUUAUCGUGUCAAUCGAUGUAACGUCGCCGUCUAUAAAGAAAAGGCUAAUAAAAGCUGCUAUCUAUUUGAUUGUGGAUCCCACAAUGACUUCCGUUGCAUGUUUACUCAGCAUACAUUUUAUACAAGUUCCAUUCUCCAUGCCAACAGACAUUCGCACGACUUGAAUCAAUGGAGUAUACAAGAGAAACAUGAGAAUGAAUUAUCUCAUUUGCAUUUACUUUCCACAAACAAACCUCCAGAAGCCAUUGCGCCGACAAAUUCUCAACCCACAAGUCAUCCGGCGGCAACAAAUGUUACAACAAAACCUACUGCCGCUGCCGCCGUUAAGUCACAAGAAGUUUCUAACGUUGUGCAAGAUGUUCAGUGUCGCCAUUAUCAGUUUCGUUGCCAGAACAGCAGUGACUGUAUUGCCAUAUAUAAUGUGUGUGAUGGAAUUCCACAGUGUCCUGAUGGCAGUGAUGAAAGUAGUGAUUUACAUUGUCCUAACUCUGGAAUUUCUAAGUCUGACUCCUAUUCAAACUCAAAAGAGCAAUCUAAAGAAGUUAAACAAAUUUCGACAGUUGUAACGGAAUCAUCAAAACUUGCACAGCCUGUACAGAUUAAUGGACAAGCUUCAUUACACAGGACUUCUGAAUAUGAAUAUCCUGCACAAAGACAGGAAAACAUGCAAUGGAAUGACAAUUACCAACUUGAAAAUGCACAAGAUACUCCACAUUUUUUCAAUCAUAAAUACAGUAAUUUUCUUGCGGCAAACAGUAACAAGAACAGUAAUAAUAAUAAUAAUAAUAAUAAUCACGGAGCCUAUCCAAAUCAAUGGAAAGAUUAUUACGAUGUGUAUAAUGGAAAUGUACCUCAACAACUGAAUUACCAAGAUUAUACUAAUAGUUAUCAAAAUGCAAAUCGAAGAUAUCCUAAAGGCCACGUAUCAAACAACAAUCACUAUAAUUCGUAUCAAGACAAUGGCUAUUAUUUAACACACAUGGAAUCUCUUCCAAGUUAUAAUGAAAACGUGAGAGAUGAUUCUGAUGCAGAUAUUCAAAGUAAAUCUCCUGGUUUUAUGGAAAGUCAAAUGUACCAGCAACAGAAUCAAUGGACUGACCAAAAUCCUCAAUAUCAGUCCAAUCAAGGCUAUAAUAACAAUAUGUUACCUUAUAUUGUCAAAAACCAAGGAUCAUAUAAUACACUUCCCAAAUCAAAAUUGCCAAUGCAAGCCCAUAAUUAUCAGUCAAAAAGUAGUUCGAACGGAGAGAGAGACGAAAACUUUCAGUCAGUGCAGCCACAAUAUCCUUUGCAUAAUGAUGUUUAUCAACAAAAUAAUCCUACCCUUUAUCAGCCAAUGAUAGAAAUACCUUCACAUUCAUCUCCUCCACCUCCUCCUAUUUCCUAUCAUGAAACUGUAUCUACAGUUUCGUCAAAUAAUCAAGAUUUAAUGAAAUCUGACAAAAAUCAGGAUGUAAAUAAAAAUAGCUACAUUCAUACAAUUAAACAUCAGUCGUCUAAUCGUAAAAUAGAUAUUCCUCAUGUCGGAAUGAGCAGUGCGGAACUUCAAGAAUCGAUACACAAACACUCUGAAGAGUCCAAUAGUGCCAUGUUGGCAUUGACCGUCGGGCUGUGCGUCACGGCCCUGCUGCUUGUGCUCGUGGGAUGUCGCAUGCGUUCUAUUCGCAGACGACUUGCAAGAAGGAAGCGGUCGGCCCUUGUGCACGAUGCUGACUAUCUAGUCAACGGUAUGUAUCUGUAGAACAAAAAUGUGGUGAAAAUUUUACGUGCAGUGCAAACAAAUAUAAUUGAAAAAGCAUCUAGUCACAGUUUUAUUUUGUUGUUAAAAUGUAUUACUUGUACUUUACAAAGAUAUAUUGUUGUUAUUUUUUAUUUGUUAGAAAUCAUUGAAGCAUUUUAAUGUUUUUUUAUAAUUUUUUAAAUUUUUAUGCAGUGACUACACACAGGAAUGUAGGGAUAUAAUUUUUAUCUAUAUCCAAUAUGUUACAAGAAUCAAAAUUUCAGAAUCUUUUUAGAAAUCAUUCUCUCAUUAUCAUAAAUUCUAUGGAAACAGUAUUGUUUCAUGUUUAGAAUAUAUUCUAUUAUCUGCCAUUAUAUUUUGUAGUGAAGAAUGUUUAAUAAUAUAAUUUUCCAGAGUAAGUAUAACUUACUAUUUUCAAAAUAGUUAGGAUAGUAAAUAUAAUUAUAUAAUUUUAUUUUAUUUUCCCAAAUUAAAAGUUUAAAAAAAAAAAUUACCAGAUAGCGUAUAUGAUAAGGAUUCUUCCAAUACGACAAAUGUGGUUAGAAUGAGAUUUGGAUUGGAUUUGAACUUAGUUAAAAGAUAGUAAUUUGUUUUGCAAAGAAUUGGCAUGCAUUGUAUAGGUCACCUUCAGUUUAGUAUGUCUCGGAUAGAACUGAAGAUACAGUAGAGAUGAGAGAAAGAGAUCAAAACACCAAUAAAACUACUCAGAUUCAAGAAAUAUAUAAAUUCUUUAGUUUUAUCAAUAUUGUUUAAAAAAAAAUCUAUAACAACUUAUCCAAACUUUGUAACAUUGGAUUAAAGAGAGUGGUCAUCAUGGCCAAGUUCAUUCCAUAAAGUAAUAUUCAACAUAACCAUGCAAUAAUCAAUUUUUCUAUAGAAUGAAAAAUCAAUUUUGUAAUUCCUGUUUUGAAUUUUCAUGUGACUAGUUUAAGUUUUAAUUUUGCUCAUAAUCCAUAUCUGUCCACUAUUGUGGGUAGACCCCAUUGUAAUUUACAAAUAGAGCAAUCAUAUAAUUUAAAAUGCAUUGGGUUCUCACAAGAAUAAUUCAAAUAUAUUGCAUAUUAGUAUUUUGUACAUAAAAAGCCAAUUCUUUGGUUGUAAUAUAUAGUAUUACAAUGAAAUGAAGUACAGUAAAAGUAAUUAUGUUUAUAAUAAAAAAAUCAAAAGUAUAAAAAAUCUUAAUACGAAUUUUAUUUUAUUAUUGCAUUCAGAAAUUUUUAUUAAUUUAAACUAAGGAAAAAUAUUUGAUCUUUUUAUACUGAUAAAAAUAAAAUGUGGUGUUAAGAAUUAAAAAUAAUCUAGACAUAUCAUGUCUACUGAUUAUCACAACUGUAACAUUUAAUUCUCUUUGAUAAAACAUUGCAUAAAAUAUAUUGCCAGAAUCUUAAUAUCACUUUUCAAUAACUUUUAUUAUCCACAAAAACAAUAAAACCUAAACUAAAAGGAAACAAAACUCUUUGAAUUUUAGGUAAUUGUUAAAUUGACAAAUAUAGUUAUUUCAAGGCAUCAUUCAAAUAAUAAUAAUAAUAUUUCGACAUUAGUAAAAUCUUAAUGCUUUUUUCUGUGUGUCAAGCAGCUCCAGAGCUUCUACAAAUAAAAUUUAAAAAUUUCCUCUGGGAUAUUGGAUAGAGAUAAAAAUUAUUCUGUACAUGAUGAUCACUUACUGUAUAAAUCUAAGCUUAAUUUUAAGUAUUAUAUAUUGUUAAGAAAUACAUUUUUGUCAGAAUGUGAGGAGAUAUAUAAUUGUUAAGAUAUUUCAAGUUUUAUUCUUUUUAUUUUCGUGCAGAAAAGUAUGAUAGCUAAAUUUACACUUUGUACUUUGUAGCAUAUUUGUUAAGCUAUUUUUAAUGGUAUUGAGUUACUAUUUUUUUCAAAUAGUAAAAAUUAAAACAAAACAUUGCCUUUUUUUUUAUGUAUCACUUAGCUUUGUACAUAAUUUGUGUGUGCAUAAAUUAGUAUAAUAAUGAAAAUAGUGCAAUGUUUUAUACUCUCAAUCAGAUUCAAAAAUUACUUUUAUAUGUAUAGAAUGUUGCCAAUAUUACUGUUUGCAUUUAUUAUAUUAUUUUGCAGCAGAAUCUAGUCAUAUUUUAUAGCAUAUAUAUUUUUUGUUUGUUUUUGUAGUACCAAUUUGUGGUGUGAAAUAAUAUUUUUGUAUAUAAAUAUAUUGCAUCAGGAAGCUAAAAUUAGAUGCAUUUACAUAUGAAUUUAAAAUGUCCAAAAAAAAAAA